GGAGACUGUGCUACCAUCAGAACAAAGCAACAAUGCCUCCACGCGCAUUACCUACCGUGGUAAGCAGCGUGUUCAACUUGACAAGCCUCCUUCAGAGCUUGCCUGCGGCAUCACGGAAUCAUGCCUUCACAAAAUGUUCCACAUGCCUUUUUUCGACCACAGCUCCAUUGGAUGCGAAAAGAGCAAAGAAACGAAAAGUCAGGAAGCAUAAACAUAUCGACCCUUAUCGAGUAGCUCAGGCUCGUCAAAGGAAGUCCGCGAACCUUGCCCGACAAAAUGUCCUAGAAGAAGAACGAAAACUCGCUUUGGGUGAUCCCAUCAGAUCACGACCAACUCCCUUCGUCAACUCGCUUCGCGCUCGGGGUCCUCUCCAGACAUUAAAGGGAGAUCACCUGAACUAUUUUCUGAAAAAGGACGACGUGGACAAGUCAUUGGAGUACUCGCGAUGGCUUACCGAACCUCUCCCACAAGAGAGUCCUGUACCCGGACACGCCGAAGAGUUUCAGAAGAAGAUCCAGGAGCAUGCUGCUUCUCAUGAGAAUGCUUCCAAGGCUUUGUUGGCGAUAGCAGAUCUGGAGAAUGCCAGCAGCAAAGACAGACUUCGUAUCAACAUUCAACGAUGCAUUGAAGAGUUUGGUCGCCACAACACCGACUCUACCAUACCACCUAAACCACAAAGUCUGCAUGCACAAGGGUCAAGCACAGUGAAGCGACGAGUCGGAUCUGACACCGGCUCUCCUGAAGUGCAAAUAGCAAUCAUGACGGCCAAGAUCAACGUGCUGGCGGAUAAUUUACACCAUAACGAUAAGAACAACAAGCGAGGUCUACGAUUGCUGGUUCACAAAAGACAGAAGUUAAUGGCUUACCUGAGGCGGCAGGACAGAGGAGGUCCUCGAUGGCAGAACGUUGUCGACAAACUUGGCUUGAAUGAUGCCAUGUGGAAGGGUGAGAUCAGCUUGCCUUGAUAUGAUAGUCUUUGGGCAAGGAGUUUUGUACAAUUACAUGUCAACAACACUGCAUGAGCUGGUUCAAGCUACUGUAGAUUCUACAGAAAGAGUCAAUUUCUUACAGUAUCCUAUUUCCAUAUCAUGCCGAGUCUGGGUGUGAUGUUGGUGAUUGAUUCCCUUGCUCAUUUGCUGUCCACCAUCAGUCAAGCCAGUUCUAUUCGGGGAAAUCUAGUCACAAGAGACAUAUCAUUUAAAGCUGCUGAACGUACUGUGUCAUCAA